GGUUACGUAUCCGACAAUGUUUUCUUUAUUCUUCGUACUUCGAAAUCCUUUCAAAAACCCUGAAAAUGUGAUCCGGAAGGAGAACAUAGAGCGGGAUUCUUUGUUUUGCCUUUGUCAUUUCACUUCUUUUAAUCGAGUGACUUAGCGCAUCCUUAACCUUAAUGCACUUAUAUGAAGUAAAAUACCUUCUACCUCCUUUGAAAUCCAAUACGCGAAGUACUUCAGCUCUCAAAUGAUCUGGAUAGAAUUAAUCAAACCGCACCAAUUGAUCUAGUCUUAAAGAUCAGUUUUACGACAGUAAAACUGUGGAAGUUGUCAGAUCAAGCGACAUACCCACACAGAAGCAUAACAUCUCGAAAACUCUAUACUUGCCAAGCAGAUCGUUAAUCAUGGCAGCUCAAGAAUCAGUACCUCCCCUCGACCGUGGUUUCCUUAAAUCCUCGUCUCUGAGAGCCUCUGCCUCUGCCGGGGCCCACACAGCCAACAAAGCCGCCCCACUGAGAAAAACGGUAUCCGCCCCAACCUCACCCCGUAAGGAAGCCUCUGAGAAAACCAAACGAGAUCCUUUUGAUUACCCGCCCUCUCGGCAUUCUCCAAGCUCUUGGCUCGUGGAUUUCUGGGCUUCGGAGGCUGGUGUUUUAGUCCUGGAGUUUUGGACCAAGAGCAAACAAUGGUAUCGAUCCCACGCUUAUCAAUUAGAUCUAGUAUUUCUUGCAUACUCCAUCUUAUUCGUCUUGAUAAUAGUAUCAAGUAGCACAACCUCUCAAAGUAAUUUGGAUCAUCUAUCCGACACCCUUACGCUCGCUGGCACAUUUGCAGAGUCGAUCGAUAAUGGAUAUUUGUUUGAAAGCAUCCCCGUUGAGCUUCGAAAUGCGGGCGCUGAUUUAAGAGUAUAUUAUGAUGCACAUGCGGACUCAAGUCGUAAUCUGAGACGUCAUACGCAAACGUUGAACAACUUGUUAUCUGAAUUGGAUGGGAUAGAUUAUCAUUGGAAGUCAUUUGAGAAUAGUAGGGACAAAGCGGUGACGAGCGUCAAGGAAGAGGUGCAAGCUUCGCGUGCGAUUUUCCAGGCGGAAUUAGAGAGAUUGGGAGGAACGGGAAAUCAGUGGGGGUGGAAAGGAUUAGGGACACAGUUUGUGAAAAUUUUAUUGUUGCGCAAUCCGGGGGAAUCCAAGACGCAUUUCACGGAAAGCAAUUGGAUGAAUAUUACGAGCGAAAUUGAAAAUUACAUUGAUGUCUGGCGAAACAAGAGAAUGCCAGAGCUGAGAUAUAAACUUACUUCUCCCCGAGGGGGUAGAGCCGGCGGACUGCCGGGAUUGAUAAAAGAAGUGAGAGAGAGUUGGCCGGUGAAAAAUUCGGGGAAUAAAAAAUUCAGAGUCGCGCCAGUAUUUGAGCUAGAGGAUGUAGCGAAAAAGGCACUUGGUGUCUUAGGGCAUGCGGAUGGAGUCUAUAAGGCGUUUUGGUAUGCGAUUCAAUUUUUGGAAAAGAGGGGCAUGAAGAAGAAAGGUCCGUUGGGGAUAAAACAUCUUGAGAUAUUAUUAGGGAAAUUUGAUGAGUCGAUCAAGAGAUUGGAGGGAGCAGAAUGGGUAAUCAGGGAGAGGUUGGGUAGUAAGUAUUAUUAGGGGUAGAUUCGCUACCAGAUGGUCUGUUGAGAAGGGUGAAUGUGAGGUAGUUCUUUGGGUAAGGACAGGAAACUCAUUCGCGGAAGGAAAGAAUGAUAUUGACCAGAAAAAUGGCGUACUAGGUUUGUGGAUUGGUAUUGGUAUAUGAUAAUUGCAGGCGUUCUAUUUUAGUAUUUAUUGGGAGAAGGAGCUGCAGUUGAAUUGCCUUACCCUUCUUAAGAUUGUGCAAUCGACAGCCUUACAUCAAAGAAACAUUUCCUGCGGUGAAUAUGAUGCAAAGGUAAAGUCGUCGCUAGCUCA